AUGGUCUCAAGUCAACAAGGAGCAUUUAUAAAAGGAAGGAAUAUUCAUGAGAAGAUAGUUUUAUCCUCUGAGCUUGUGAAUGAGUUAGAUAUUAAAAGAAGAGGGGGAAAUGUUGUCUUGAAAAUUGACAUUACACAAGCUUAUGACUCUUUGAGUUGGAAAUUUUUGUUUGAAGUGUUGAGAAGAUUUGGUUUUUCUGAAAUGGGUAUAAACUGGUGUUUGAGGGUGAAAACGGUUUCCGCUGAUUUCGGGUGUAUGGUUUUAGUUAAUGGGGGGCCUUGUGGAUUCUUUGGGGUGGGUAGAAGUUUAAGACAGGGUGACCCUCUAUCCCCUAUUCUUUUUGUUCUGGCAGAAGUAGUUUUAAGCAGAAAUAUCACUAAACUGGUGCAAAUGGGUAAAAUGCAAUCAAUGGUGAACAGGGGAGGUUACCAACCAACACAUUUAAUGUUUUCAGAUGAUAUAUUCAUAUUCUGCAAUGGACAGAAAAAAAAUCUUAAGAAUUUGAUGGAUCUUUUAAUGAAAUAUCAAAAAUCUUCUGUGCAGGAAAUGAAUAAAGCUAAGAGAAAGUGCUUUGUAGGAGGAGUACCCAACAUCAUAAGAAAUGCUAUAGCACAAGCUUUACAAAUACAUCUAUCUACUUUUUCAGACAAAUAUCUGGGAGUUAUACUUAAUCCAGGGAGAGUUAAAACACAUCAAGUAUGGUGGAUGGUUGAAAUGAUGCAGAAGAUGCUUGCAGGAUGGAUGGGUAAACUUCUGGCAUUCUCUGCUAGAUUAACUCUUGUGAAAUUUGUUCUUUGUAGCAUGCCUAUCUACACCAUGCCAGUCUAUAAAUGGCCUAAGUCUGUGAUACAAGUAUGUGAAAGGAUUAUAAGAAAUUUUUUGUGGUCUGGUGACCCUGCUGUAAAAAAACUUGUCAAUGUAAAAUGGGAUACAGUUAAUGCUCCUGUGGAGGAAGGUGGUUUAGGCUUGAGAAGAUUGGAAGCUAUGAAUAAAGCAUUGUUAAUGAAGCUUUUACGGAAUAUAGAAACUGAGGAUGAAGAAUGGACCAAUUUUAUGAUAGCUAAAUUUAAAAACAAGAAAGGGGAAUGGAUAGAAUACUAUAAGCAGUCAUCUAUAUGGCCUGACAUUAACCUGGCCUGGCUGGUUGGUGAUGGAAAGAUCAUUUCAGUGUGGAAAGACAAAUGGGUUAAAAAUUACCCUUUAAUUGAGAGACACCAUGGUGAUGCUUAUAUAACACAAAACUGUGAUAUGAAAGUUCAAGAUUUGAUUCAAGAUGGUGAAUGGAGAAUUCCUGAAAAAAUGUUGCAAUACUUUGAACUAAAUGAGUUGCCAGUUAUGGGGAGUGGCAAGGAUAGGAGAAUAUGGACAAAUGAUCUGGCUGGAAUUUUUACAGUGGCAAAAGCAGCUCAAUCUGUGAGAAAUCAUUAUCCUAAGGAGAGUUGGACUCAGCAGGUAUGGCAACCAUGUAUCCAUCCUUAUACAUCAACCAAUCUAUGGAAAAUUUUGAAAGGAGCAUGUGAAACUGAGGAAGCAGUUAGAAAGAAAGGUUUCUCCACAGUCUCUAAGUGUUAUCUCUGUGGUAACAACAAUGACACACUGCAACAUAUUCUGUGGGCCUGUGAUUUCAGAUCAAGAAUUUGGCACUGGCUGGGUGGAGUAUCUCAAUGUGCAAGUCCUUCAAAUUUGGAUGAAAUUUUAAAAAAUGCUGUGAUAUAUGAGAGUAUCCAACCAAAUGUGGGGCAAUUCAAGCAAAAGAUCAUAAGGUACACAAAGGAAUGCAGGGUAAGAACGAAAGCACAAGAUCAAAUCCUUAUUUGUUGUGAUGGUGCCUCCAAAGGAAAUCCAGGGAAAUAUGUGAGUGGAUUCAUAGCCAGAACUAGCAUUGGUGAUUGUAUUGGAGCUGCUUUAGCUGGUCUUGGGAUUGCUAUAAACUAUCUAGCUGGCUCUUAUCAUGGCAGAUGGGAUAAGAUAAAACAAUCAAUAACAUCUAUUUCAUUCAGAUAUUUAUACAGAGAAACAAACUUCUCUGCAGACAAGAUGGCUAAGAAAGGGGUUCUGCUUAAUAGAGGUGAAGUAAUCUACUAUGAUGAGAAACCUUCCUUCCUAGGGGCUUUGGAGAAUGAAUAUGGUAUUUACUUUAGAUUUUCAUAA